GACUGCUCUCCUUCUGUACCGGAAACUUGCCCCCUAAAGCCCCUCUCUCUCCCUGUGUGGAGGAGCCCGUUAGCGCCGCCGCCGCUUCUGCUGCUGCUAGUAGGACUAGCGUCGGUUCUACACUCGCCGCCUCCGCCAUAUUCUCCACCGGGAGACCCUCUGAGGGCAUUUCAGCUUUGUAAAGCCUUGAGGAAUGAAAUUUCUGACUGCUGUACCUCCUGAAUAAACUGCUGGAUGUCCUCUCAUAGCAGCUUCAAUCAGCCUAUGCUCCUCCAUAAAGCCAUCACAUCUGCUUUCAUCAGCGCCACCUUUCAUCUACUGCUUGGAGGAAACCUCCAAGGUAAAUUUUUACCUUAGAGGUCUACACAGGUGCUCCUGGGAAUAUCCUGUGUAGAAUAUGUCCGGUCCUGUCUCAAGCCGCUCUCGAGUUUACCCUGAUGUAAACACACAAAGACCCAGAGAGUACUGGGACUAUGAGUCUCAUGUGGUAGAGUGGGGAAAUCAAGAUGAUUACCAGCUUGUGCGGAAGCUGGGGCGAGGAAAGUACAGUGAAGUGUUUGAAGCCAUAAACAUCACAAACAAUGAGAAAGUUGUGGUCAAAAUACUCAAGCCUGUGAAAAAGAAGAAAAUCAAGAGAGAAAUCAAAAUCCUUGAGAACUUGAGAGGAGGCCCCAAUAUUAUAACACUUUUAGACAUUGUCAAAGAUCCUGUGUCACGAACACCUGCACUGGUUUUUGAGCAUGUAAACAACACAGACUUCAAGCAAUUGUAUCAAACGUUAUCAGAUUAUGACAUUCGCUUCUACAUGUAUGAAAUUCUGAAGGCUCUAGACUACUGUCACAGCAUGGGCAUUAUGCACAGGGAUGUCAAACCACACAAUGUCAUGAUUGACCAUGAGCACAGAAAGCUUCGUCUGAUAGACUGGGGCUUGGCAGAGUUUUACCACCCAAACCAGGAGUACAAUGUGCGAGUCGCCUCCAGGUACUUCAAAGGCCCCGAACUACUGGUGGACUACCAGAUGUAUGACUACAGUUUGGACAUGUGGAGUUUGGGUUGCAUGCUGGCCAGUAUGAUUUUCAGGAAGGAGCCAUUCUUCCAUGGACAUGACAAUUACGACCAGCUUGUACGGAUCGCAAAAGUCCUGGGCACAGAAGACUUGUACGACUACAUCGACAAAUACAACAUUGAACUGGAUCCACGUUUCAAUGACAUUUUGGGCAGGCACUCACGCAAGAGAUGGGAGCGCUUUGUGCACAGUGAGAACCAGCACCUGGUGAGCACCGAGGCAUUGGACUUCUUGGACAAGCUGCUGCGUUAUGACCACCAGGCUCGUCUCACUGCCCGCGAGGCCAUGGAUCACCCCUACUUCUACCCCAUUGUGAAGGACCAGGGCAGAGGAGCACCCCCUGCUGGAAUGGCCGCUAGCUCCACCCCUGUCAGUUCUUCUAGCAUGAUGGCAGGCAUUACCUCCAUGGCAGCCAGCACACAGCCCAUAGCCAACAUUGCAGCUGGCUCCCCCGUCAUCUCUGCCCCCAACGCGCUGGCUACACAAGUACCUGCUGCCACGGGAGCCCAACCUUGAACCUCUUCUCUCUCUAUCUCUCCAUCUCUAACCCCCUUUUCUAUCUUCCCCCUCUCUCUUACUCUCUCUCUCCCUCUCUCGUUCUCUUAUCCUCUCUCUUUCUCUUCUUUUUGUGUCUUUUGACAAAGUGGACGGAGCCGCAGUCUUCAUUUUUGUUACUAUUCAGUUCACAGUAUCUAAUGCUAAGUUACCCUUUUCCCUCUUUUCUUCAGUUCUGUUGUAUAGGGAUACGGACUCCUGUUAUCAUUUAGCACCUGCCUGGGUGAGUUAUAAUAAGGCAGAUGGGUGCGAUUUCUCUCUGCUCACCAUGACUCUAGAAACACGUACACAUGUAGACCUGAAGAAGGAAAAUAAAAAUUAUUUUAUAUGUCCCUCAAGUAUUCUUGUGCUUGAAAAAACAAAAACAGUCCCUUGACCUUCUAAUUUCUUUUCUUUCUUUUUUUUCUUUUUUUUUGUGGUGGGGCUGGGGGACUCAGCAUUUUAUUGCUUCACCCUUGGGUGUUAUUACACUGUGAAACUUGAUUACAGACUUCACAAAACCUGAGCGGGAUGCAGACUCGUGUUCGGUGUUCGUUAAUGGUUGCACCCGCUCUGCUGUACCAUGCUGGAGCUUCAGUUGUGCUGUUAAUGUGGACUUUUACCGUUCUUGGACCCAGGGGCCAAAUUCAAUCAAAACUGCUACAAUAUUACUGACAGUGUGUAUUCAAUCAUUGUGUGUGUGUAUAGCAGAACUCGCUGAUCAGUAAUUCAAAGCUUUUUUGUUGUUGCUUUAUUGAUAAUAUGGAUAGCUGAUAGCAGGUUGAUUGGAUUUGGCUAUGGACUUUACAUAGAUACUCAAUAGUUACUUUUAGGACAUGUGGCCAAUGCUGAGUACCACAGGGUCAUUAGUUUGCCAAUUUGUGUUACUCACAGAACUGAUUUUUUUUUUUCCAUUUUAUAAUGAAGCUUCUGACGCAUUUGUUUAAUACCAUGAAGAAUUUUGUAAGUUGUUUUUUUUCUCCUUGAUAGAGUAUUCAGUGAAAAAUGUCUCCAACUCUCCGAUUAAAUGAAUUAAACAGGCGAAAUAUCUCUUUA